AUGUCAGCAGAGCAGGUGCUCUUUGGAUUGGAAGUAUCAUUACAGAAAGAGAGUGAAAAAGUAUUUUCUUUGCCUAAUAUCAUUAAUAAUACUAGCUUGACUCUCUUCUCGAGGUCAUUAGUGUGUCCAGAUAAUUGGACUUGUCAGAAAGAUCUUCCAUUGAAAGAAAGUUCUGUUGAAUGUGGUAAUUUAAGUAUGCAGCUUUCUGAAACUCAGUUUAUAGAAGUAAUCAGUAUUUACCAGUCAUGGACUGCAAACUGCUUUAAUCCUGCAGGACUUGAAAAACUGAAAAUAGCCAAGGAAUUAUCAAAUAGUCUUCCACAGAUAUUUGUUAAACUGCAUGAUAUUAAAUCAUCAUUUCUGCAACACAUUGAUAUAUCUUUUGUCAAAGCAGCUGUGUCUUCUGUUUGUGUAAAGUUUCAUAAUGGAGACCACACAAGUAUCUUGUUUAAUGCACCCGAAAUGACAACGGAUGUUCACAAAGGCUUAUAUUUUGAUGAAUGGGAAGGUGGAGGUAAUAAAUAUGAAGAAUUAAAAAACAGUACAUUUCUCCAGCUGCUGUUACAGUUGCCAAAACUUGGAUGUUGUGAAAGACCAACUUUUAUUUUGUAUAUCAGUGGAUCUACAAUAUGCCUAGAACCUGCAAUAAUAUCUUGGCUGUCAUCUGCUGCAUUCACUGAAUUUAAUCUGAAUGCCAAUGUGGAUCAAGAGUCAUUUUCCCCUUCAAGUCCAGUUGAUUUGGAUGUUGAUGAAUCAACUUGUAGUAGUGUAACACAGGAAGCAUCUGCGAGCCAUUCAUUUAGUAAAUCACAUUCUACAAACACUGGAGUUGUUAGAGAAAGUGGAUUCCAAAAGAAUCUGGAAAACAUUUUGGUGGAUCACAGUGAAUUUUUAUCUCAUCUUUUAUUAGAAGUCGAAAUCGAAUCCUUAUGUGGACUUUUACCCCGAUCAAGUUGGUCAGUAAAUUAUGUUCAGAACUCUCCAGUUCUCCAGUCUUGGCAUAAUGCUGCUUUAGAUGGUGAUUUAAAUGGUGCUUGUGUCUUUAGUUUUCCCAAAAUUAAAAUGAAAAAUAAUGGAUCUGCGAAUAACUUCUUGCAAAAUUUUCAUGUUAUGGAAAUGAAUCUACCUCUUAAAUAUGUACAGGCUGAUAAAAAAAGUCAGGGUUUUCCUUGGUCUCUACAAAUAGAUAAUUUCAGUAUAUACACAAUUGCUAACAUGAAAUCUUCAAAUGAUGUAUUUUAUCUACUAAUGCCUACUACCUCUUCAGCAACAAUAGCAUUAUCCUCUAAGAGCAAUCAAAAUCAGUUGGGUCUUUGUGUUCACAUGGAUAGCAAAUGUGUCUGUCUUAAUAUUUCUGCAUUCCAGGCAGAGCUUCUUGUGGACUGCUUACAGACUAUUUCUACAUGUAUUAAUUUUGUUGAAAGAAUAAAAUUGCGGAUUUCAUGUUUUAAUGUGAAAACACCUGAUAUAUUGGAACGUGGAAGCGAAGCUCCUGAAGUUGUUCAUCCUGAUACAAAGUGUGCACAAAAAAAUUUGUAUGAAAAUGCCAAUAUCUGCAAUAAAGCAUUUUCUAAUGAGAACAGAUCUAGUGAUUCUGUUGAGUGCAGUCCACCAAAGAAACUAACUCUUUGGACUCAGUUAACUCUGUCUAAAAUGAGCAUCAUACUAUUAAGUAAACUCGACAAUGCUGCUGAUUUUGAGAGUAAGUUAAAAAAGUUGUUUCCUUUUUGCCUUGUAUAUUUUUUUCAUCUUAAUGCAUUUCAUAUACUUUUGUAUCUUUGUAGAUUUUAUGAAAUUAAAAUCUGUUGA